AUGGCCAGUUCAUCUGACAAGCUUUGCCCUGCGUGUCUCAAAAUAUUUGAAUCUGGGAAGGCCAAUGCUGUGAUUAGCUCCCAGGAAGGUGACCCAGCGUCUGGUCUGGAGCAGACGGGCACUCAAGAGCAGUCUGGGGAGGAUAGUGACUGGCGUCGGGCUCCAGUCCACGAAGCCAUCACAAGUUCCCGUGAGAAGAAGCCCGAGCGAUGUGAGCUUCGGAAGCGAGUUCCAUAUGCUGCAGAUUGUGAUCACUACCCCGACCGUGAAUGGUGCUUAGAAUCAACAGCGCUGACUACUACAUAG